CCCCUUGGCCAUGGGAUGGGGCAGUUCCCAGCCCAAACCAACCACAGCUCUGGGUCACAGGCGCUUGGGGUUGGAGGUGGGAGAGAAGGUGGAGCUGAGGAGGAGCUUCCCCUGUCCCACCACUACAUUAAAAGCCCUCGUGGCCUCCUGCUCUCUCUGCCGCUGUCACGUUGCCAGGUCACAGAAAUGACAUCUUACACAGACAAAGGAGAAAAGCACCAGCGAGGUCGCUUCAUCCAUUUCCACUCCAUCACCUUUUGGGUUGGCAAUGCCAAGCAGGCUGCAUCCUACUACUGCAACAAGCUGGGGUUUGAGGAGCUGGCGUACCGGGGGCUGGAGACGGGCAGCAGGGAGGUGGUCUCACACGUCAUCAAGCAGGACAGGAUCGUGUUUGUUCUCUCAUCUCCUCUCAACCCAGGCAAUAAGGAGAUGGGGGAGCACUUGGUGAAACAUGGUGAUGGGGUGAAGGACAUUGCCUUUGAAGUGGAGGACUGUGACUUCCUCGUGCAGAAAGCCAAGGAGCGUGGAGCUGUGGUGGUGAAGGAGCCCUGGGUGGAGGAGGACAAAUUUGGGAAGGUGAAGUUCGCGGUGAUCCAGACGUAUGGUGACACCACCCACACCUUGAUAGAAAAGCUCAACUACAAGGGCCUCUUCCUCCCAGGGUACCACCAGCCCCUCUUCAAGGACCCUCUGCUGCCAAAGCUACCAAGCACCAAACUCAACUUUGUUGACCACGUUGUGGGCAACCAACCUGACCUCCAGAUGGUCCCAGUGGCAGACUGGUACCAGAAGAACCUGCUCUUCCAUCGGUUCUGGUCAGUGGAUGACAAGCAGCUGCACACUGAGUUCAGUGCCCUGCGCUCCAUCGUGGUCACCAACUAUGAGGAGACCAUUAAGAUGCCCAUCAAUGAGCCAGCUGCUGGCAAGAAGAAAUCCCAGAUCCAGGAAUAUAUCGACUACUACGGAGGAGCUGGAGUCCAGCACAUUGCUCUGAACACCUCUGACAUCAUCUCAGCAAUCACCAACCUGAAGCUGAGGGGCAUGCAGUUCAUGGAUGUGCCAGCCAGCUACUACCAGGUGCUGCGGGAGAGGCUGAAAACUGCCAAAAUCAAGGUGAAGGAGGACAUUGACAAGCUGGCGGAGCUGAAAAUCCUGGUGGAUUUUGAUGAGAAGGGCUACUUGCUUCAGAUCUUCACCAAACCCGUUCAAGACAGGCCCACGGUCUUUCUGGAGGUCAUCCAGAGACAUAACCACCAGGGCUUUGGUGCUGGGAACUUCAAGUCACUUUUUGAAGCAAUAGAAAUGGAUCAAAAUGCAAGAGGAAACCUGACUGCCCUGGAGCCCAACGGGGAGACCUGGCACAUCUAGAGGAUGGCAGAAAUGCCACCCUUACCCCUAAUGAGCUGAUUCACAAAUGACCCAGGAAUUGGCUGAUAUUUUGAUAAAUAGCUCAGACCCAAGUGUCAUAAAUCCAGGGAAGUCACUGCUGAGUUGGAGAUGUAAAAGGACUCAACAUCUACCCUGACCCAGCCCCGGCACUGUCCUCCAGUGACUCCUUGGGAGAGAGUGUGGGAAAUACCAAACAUGCUCUUAAAAAGCAGUUUAACCUGAUCCAAACCACUGCAUUUUUAACAAAGGUGUAAGGGAUGUGCCAAAGACAUGCAGCUAUGGAGAAAGACAGGAGGAACAACUGGGAGAGCCGAAAUUCAGUCUAUCCAAAGUUUUCUGUUAAUUUUAGCUACACAGGAGGCUGGGAGAGGAAAGCACGGAGGUGUUUGCUGCUCUGUGCAUCUCACUUUGUAAGAUUUUAUUUUAAUUGCUUUUAGACUCAAGCUUGAAUUUGAAUUUGCUGAAAUUAAACACAUGGUUUUAGGGUAGCUACAACAUUCUGGAACAAGACUUAAUCGAAUUUACGUGUUUCAGCCUCCCCAGAGCAAUGCAGUUUGUGUACUCCUGAAAGAAUGAGGGGUUGGGGUUUCUCCUGUGUUUCAAGGAGUAACUGGCAGGGAUUCCUCGGCUCAGAUCCCAGCUGCAUGUGCCAAGUCCCCUUUAGGGCAUCUCUCUGGUGUUGCCACUGUCCUAUGCAAAGGGGCUUUCCCCAUCAACACAAUAAAACCCUUUUCUGUCACA